UGCUCGUCCCCGCGCCACUGGGAGCGCGCAGGACCCGUCCCUUCAGCAGCGCAUCCAUCCUGCCGCGGAGCCGGGUGAUCGUGGAGCCUCACAGAGCGCACACACCGAGAGAGAAAGAGAGAGAGACAGAAGAUGGACGGAGUGGGAUCGUUCGGAGCGGGCCGAACCGGGACCGCCGUGGACCCGAUCACGUUCGCCAAGCAGCCGCAGACCAUCCUGAGAGUGCUCUCCUGGAUAUUCUCCCUGGUGGUCUUCGCCGCCAUCGUGAACGAGGGUUAUGUUAACCUGGGCAGUGAGCGCCUCCACUGCGUCUUCAACAGGAACGGUGACGCCUGCAACUACGGCGUGUUUGUGGGCCUGGUGGGCCUGCUGGCAUGCUCCUUCUUCUUCCUUCUCGACUACAAGUUCUCCUCCAUCAGCUCGGUCAAAGACAGGAAGAAGGCUGUGAUGCUGGAAAUCGGCUUCUCAGGUUUUUGGACCUUUCUGUACUUUGUAAGUUUCUGCUUCCUAGCCAAUCAGUGGUCUCGGACCAAAAUCGAAGAUCUGCCUCUCAACCAGGGAGCAGAUGCAGCACGGGCAGCAAUCGCCUUCUCCUUCUUCUCCAUAAUCACAUGGGCUGGCCUAACGGUGCGUGCAGUCCAGAAGUAUCUUCUGGGUACAGACAUGACCCUGUUCACCACUGAGCACAUGGACGGCGCCGCACCCACCCAGCCGUACCCGUCCAAUUCGCCAGGCGGCGGCCCGGCCGAGACCACAGACGCCUACCAGAGCCCGCCCUUCACCGAGAACAACACGGCCCCCACAUACCAGGUUCCCAUUUACUAGGACCGACGGACGUGACGGUGGAAGAAUUGCAGAUGAGAGGAAAUAGCUUUCUGUGAUUUCUGUUUCAAGUGAAGCUGUUUAUGAGUUGAUCCGGGGCGCAGUUUUCAGUCGCUGUUAAAAAAAAUAAAAUAAAAAAAAUAAAAAAAAUAAAAUAGUCAGGCGUCCGCUUCUUUGUUUCCUCCUCUCGUUUCCUGCCCCCGCCUGAACAUUCCAGCUUUAUCUGCCUUUUUUCUAGACCUGCAGAAAGGACUUUCCUCCUGCAUCAACGCAGAUAAAUCGAAAUCAAAACUAGAGGAGGGAAAACAGAAGCGGGUCGCGAGUAAAGUGUUUCAAACCCCAUUUUGUCAAAAGGAAGAGAUAAAGUGCUGAACAAAUUCCACCACAACAAAGCUGUUUUAAAGGCGCUCUCUUGCAGCACCUUGAUCUUGUUGCUUUAAUUCAUUCAGGUGUCCCCUUUUAUUGCAUAAAAAGGGAAUGCUCUUGUUUUCUUUCUUUUUAUAUCUUUUUUUAAAACUGCACUAACUCCUCCUGAGCUCCCAGCUGGUGAUCAUCUGCACUGAAUCUGUACAUUUCCAGAUGUAGAGAUCAACUAAGUGCCAUAUUGUUCGGAAAGUGACUUAGUUUAAUUGGUUUUCCACAUGCUGUACACGACGCCAAUGUUUUGUGACCGAGUGCAAUAUCUCGCAUUCUUAUGUACUGUAGGGUAGGCACACACUGUACUGUACUGCAGGUAGAGAGGUCAUAAUCAGGGCAGGUCGACUGUAGGUUCUGUCUCAAAUAACAUACUUCUUAAAUUCCUGUAAAAUCCUUGCCCUGGAAAGUUUCUAACACAAACAUGCACAACAAAUAAGCAGCUGUCAAAAUUGAAAUGAUCUUUCCCAGAAUUAGGGUCUUUCUAGGAAUCUUCGAAGAUGAAAGUAGCAUCGCAACGGAGAAUAUUUCUUCUCCGCUUUAUCUCCUUAGAUGAAUUAUGAGGCUUUAAUUCAUUCAUGUAGGCAGCUAAGUUUGAUUACAACGAUAACUCAAUUCACGAAUGCAGUGUUUUACUUUUCUGCAGAGCCGAGCAAAAUCUGAAUCAGGCCUUGGGCAGAAUUUUCUUUAGGGGAACCCUCAAGUUUUUUUGUUUGUUUGUUUUUCAUUUUUGCAUUCACCUCUUAUUAUACAGAUAAUUAGUGAACCAAUUCUAAAUUAAUUUUAUUUUGUGAUGUAUUGUGCUUUGGAUGACCAUCACAUUAUCUACUUUGAAUUAUUUCUUAUAGACAUUUCUGGUUAAGUGCUCAUUUUCAUCAUUUUCAUCAAUUUUGUUCUUAUUUUUACAUACAGUGAAGAAACGAUAAAACUAGAAACAUCUGACAUUCCUAGUUGGUACACACAGCUGUCCAAAUGCUUAAUUUUUCACAUUUAAGAAAAGAUAAUGACAUAAUCCUCUAAAAAUUCUAGUGAAAGACCUACACAUAUGCUAUAUGUUGAAGGAAAAACCAAAAGCUGUAACAAGAUGGAUGAAAAAAAGAAGACCCGAGAAGAGAGACACUUUGUUGAAGCAACUUUUGUGUCAGUUUCUGCCUUCGGAGUUUGUGAGCAAAAAGUCUCAUAAUCCAUCCGCAGUUGAUGAGAAUGCAAACGAGGUGUGUAAUCUGAGACAGCAUCCUAUGGCGAGUGUAAGACGAGGCGUGUAGGGGUAUUCUGGAGAAAUUGGGUCCUUUUAUGUUUCCAUUUAUUUUUUUAAAGCUGCCAAACUGUCCUGAGUUGCUAUUGCUCUGUUAGUGUUCAUAGCAUUUUCUUUAGAGGGUAGAAUACAGGUGAGCUUUUAUUAAUGUCGGGUCAAGUCUCAGACAAAAGACAGAAGAAUGAAUCUAAAGUUGAUGUCUGAUCCGUCAUUCUUGUCCCGCGUUUAGAUCUGACUGGGUAAAUUGUGACAUGAAUUGAUGUCGGGAGGAUGUGGGUCACCGUUUGCUCCGAUGUAUAUAGUACCACCACUUCUGUGCUGUGGUUCACACACACACACACACACACACACGCACACGCACACACACACACACACACACUUGCCAUUCAUCAAUCUGUCAUUGUAAUGAGGGAUUCACAUGAGAGCAACUGAGCGCGUGCACACAGAGAUCACCAUGCAGGAUUAGAAUAACCUGUUUGUGAGUUUUUGCCAAAUAAGCCUUUUUUUUCCUCCACAUGUUUUUGUGACAGUUUUAGCGAACUCUGUCUCUCUAACUUGGAUUGUUUAUAAUUCAUCCUAAAUUGUACUGAAGUUAUCCGAAGUCAGAGCAUGAAGUCAAGAGGUUUGUUUGUUUAUAGCAUCAAAUGUGAAGACUCUUCUCAGAAGUCUCAUCUAAUGGGUUAUUUCAACUAUUUAUUUAUUUUUUUAUUUUUUUUACAGUGGGCUUAAGAUACAAGAUGUAACUUUAAGCUCAACUAUAUUCUUCCACUAAUAUUUCCUGAAAAGUCAGCUUGGCAAGUUGGACUUAAUAACACUUAAACCUUUUGUAUAGAGUUCAUUAAAUAUAGAAAAUUAAGUCAUUUUUAAGUUGGCUCCGAGGCGUUAUGCAGAGCUUUGCCAGCAGGCACUAGAGUUAAAAGAUAAGCCUCAACUCCCCAAAAAGCAAAACUCUGGCUCUUCGCUCAGUGUUUUUCUCAUCACUGUGAUCCUGGUGAUCACUCAUGUAAUUUACACAGAUAGCUGAAAGAGUGUUUAAUUGUGUCAAACAGUUUCAGGUUGCUGAUGCUUCUGCAUCAGGGAACAUCAGCAGGAUGCUAGAAAUGAAAGCUGAGUGAAAAAAACUCAAACAAAUUUAAAUGUCCAUUUUGGAUAAACCCCGCCCCCUCACCCCCCACCCCCAAAAAAAAAAAUAACAACCCCCAAAAAAACAACCUGCCUGUUCUUCAGUUUAAUAUUUUAUGUUUUCAUAAAAAUAAUAAAUCACUUUUUAUUUAUUUUUAAUUUCUAAAUUCCGAUGAGAAAAACUAAUUAUCAAACGGAAUCAAAACAAAAGUCUGAUCAUGUGGAGAGCUCAUUUAUGUUGCACAUCUGAACCCGACUGCUCCCCCUAGUGGUUGACUGACUUGACUGCCACCGUGUUUACAGCGACCGGCCGCCUGGUGCGUUUGGCCCAAUUCAAUGAAUUUAAACUUUAAAAAGUGAGGUGAAUGCAUUUACACACAUUUAUCGUUAUGAUCACUCCCAAGAGAAAUUCACUUAUGACGUGAGGUGGGAAAUUAUCAUAAUGAUAUUACUUAAGAGGGAGAGAAAAAAGGCAUACUUUUUUUUUUUUUUUUGCUUUAAGUCCCUUUUGGGUUAAUGUAAUGAAUUUGGGUUGCUGUCAGGUCAGGAUGUUUUAUCGUUCUCAGUGCUUCAGUCUCUUUAUUCAGUCAGUGUGGUAGAUGAUGAUGAUGAUGAUGAUGAUUAUUAUUAAUAAUUCUAAUAAUACUAAUGAUAAAAGCAUUCUGUGUUUUGUGCUCUGCCCUAUGUACAAUACUGUGGUAUUGGUUGGUUGUAAAAAAAAUAAAAAAUAAAUAAAAAUAAAGUCUAAAAAAAA